UUUUCAUCCACGCGGGCACACGUACACACUUCCAUUCCUGGCGGGCGCAGCGUGUCUUGUGUUCUUGCAUAACCUGUGCAUUCUCCAUGAGAGAGAGUAGCAUGUUCCUACAGGCAUCUCCGGGUGAAUGCGCGGUUGCUUCAGGACUGAGAGCUGUGCUGUAUUUUGGCCGUUGCCUGAUUUAUUCAUUACAGCAAAACGCAGGAGAGUCAUUUGGAGGGUACAUUUCAGAUCCCAGAGGUUCUUCUGAAGUGAAAUUAAACAGCCAUUGUCCCUCAUCUUUAUCCUCUCUGCACUUUGCUUCUUCUUGCCCUCAUUUGAAUCCCAGCCUUUUGUGCCCCCCAGACUUGGCAGGUCUCUCCUCGUGUUGUGAGUAGCACUGAGGUGUCUAAAAGAGGUUUAUCUCAGGGCCUGGUUCUACACUGGGCAUGCCGGGGGGGCUUAUCUCAGUGAAAAUCGACUAGCCCCCAGUCACGUGUGCUUGCACAGACUCUCACAUGCAUGCAUGCACGCACACACUUGCAAAGCGCCACUGGGGAAAUUAUGAGCAAGAGGAAUGCAUCUCUGAACAUCAAAACAAAGACGAAAACUGUUACGUACUUAUGUGGUUGGCUGUGACAUACAACAAAUGGAAGUGAUGACAGAAAAGUGCACAGAAGAUGGAUCCCACGGAGACAGUGUGCAAGUACUGUGGGGUAAGUUAUCUAAUCCUCCACGAGUUUAGAAGGCUGAAAGAGAGGCUGCGUGUUGUGGAGCAGGAACUGGACCAGCACCUAGGCAGUGCUGAGCGGGAACGGGCCCUUCGGAACCAGCUGGAAGAGUUGACCGCUGUCCAACACCAGCAAGCUGUCAGGCUGCAGGACCUCGGACAACAGCUGGAGAGCGUGAGUGCAGAGAGCAGUCGCCUGCAGCGGGAUCUGGACUUGGCACAUGAGAGCUGCCGCCGCUUCAGGGCACACAGCAGGCUCCAGAAGAAAGCCCUGGAAAGAGCCCUCUCUCUACUCCACUCGUCCCACCAGCAGAUGCAGGACGUUUCUCUUAGCUUCCUCCAGCUCAAGGGCUUCUGGAAGGACUGGAGUGUCUGGCUGCUCCAGAGCAGCCACUACGCACAAGCGAAGUUGGAAAGGCAGACUAAAGCUGCGGACCAGGGUGCGGUGGAGGUGUGCAGGUUUCGGAGACAGGUGGAGGAGCUCCAGACCCAGAUUCGGGCCCAGGCUGUAAAGCAGAACCAGCACCAGGAAGCCAGAGCACAACUGGAGGAGCUGAAAAUGGAGUUGUCGGGUGUGCAGCGGGACCUCAGUGGCAGUCGGUCGGAGUGCCACCGCCUGCAAAUGCUCCUAGAGAGCCAAGCUAAGGAGAUCGAGGAGCUGCUUUCCAGGCAGGUUCAGGUGGAGAAGGAACAGAGCACCACCCAUUCCAGGCUGUCACAAGAACUGAAGGAGAAAGAGGACAGCUGGUUGUCAUGUCAACAGAGAUGCCGGUCACUGCAGGAACAGCUGUGCGUGCGAGGGCGUCGUGAGGAUGAACUGGCACAGAAGCACCUGCAGAUGGAAGCCGAUGACAGAGCUCUGAGGAACACCUUGCAGCAGACCCAGAAGGAGAUAACCUUGUUGAAAAAGCAAAGUGAAGAAGCGGCUCUUGUGCACCAAGAGAAUAUGGAAAAUCUGGAACAGACUUUGAAACUAAAGAUAGCAGAAGGAGAGGCCAUAACAGCACAGAUGGAGGCCACACUGCAGCGGGAGCGGGCCCAGCUGGAUCUGCAGUCCAGGCAGCAGGAGGAGGAGCUGAGGAGGGAGCUCGGCGCCGAGAGGGACAAAAGCCAAGAGAUGCUGUUGGCGUCCCAAAGGGAGAACAACAAGCUUCAGAGGAAGCUGUCCUCCCUGGUUGAGGAGGCCACGAGAGACCUUCAGGAGCAGGUAGAGAGGCUGCAGGAGAGGUUGCAGGAGGCGAAGGCAACCAUCGCCGAUUCUGAGCGGCGCAGGAGAGAGGAGGUGGAAGAGGGAUCAGCGAGGCACUCCAACCUAGAGAGAGAACUGCAGCACGUGAGAGGCAAUGAACAACAGGGGGUGCUGCAGAUGAGCAAGAUGAAGCAGGAGCUGGAGGAGCAGAGGAAGGAGAUGAGUGUACUGCAGGAGGAGAACGUUCUACUGCAGGAGACAGUGAGGCGGGAGUGUGAGGAACGGGAGGAGCUGACGGCCGCCCUCUCACAUGCCCAGGAGCAGCUGGUGAAGCUGCGGAGGACAGCCCCCCCCCUUAGCCCGGGGACCCCCCCUGCGGGACCCCGCAUCCCAGGACCCAGGCUGCCGCCAACCUUGCCCAGGAUUUCAAGCAAGAGGCCCACAUCUGUGAGCGGAACUCGUCACAGGGUCAGCCUCACGACGGGAAGGAAGGAGCGGGCUUGAAGCCCCCCACUCCAUUCAGAAAUGCAAACAGUGCAAAGUUGUGAUCAAAGGUCAGCGCAGAAGCGCCCACAUGCACACGCACACACACCCGGCGAUACCCGUGGUGGACAUUGUGCGGUAUCUUUAUUUCAGGCGCGGAUACAGUCACACACACGCACACACAUACUCUCUCACGGCAGGAAGAGGAGAGCGUGACUGCAGACCCCCCCCCCCAGACACGAAGCAGCCCGUCCAGAGACCAAGAUACUCGUGACUCCUGAAGAGCUGUCUCACGCACGCCUAUCCAGCCCUUCCUCCCGCGCUUUUCCCAUGUGAUCCGUAUCACUUGUUCCACGCAAGGCCUUUCCACCCCCCUCUUCCUUCUUCUGUGAGUUUGGCAGGAGGGAAACAGACAAUCUGCAUGGCAUGGAACUAAUUCUCCGAGCGAGGCGAUGCAUGGGAGAGCGCUCGCUCUGCCUGCCUGCCUCUCACCAAGAUACUCAGAGCUGCAAGCAGCAAACUGAAGCAUCACAACAUGUUAUGCUUCCAAUUAAUUUAAUUCGAUUCAAUUGGGUGUGGGGGAGGGCCAUGACACGUGAUUGGCAGGCAGCCUUAUAAAACACAUGCAUGCUGCUUUAAUGACCCUAUCAGAGAAUGAGCUCCCUUUGUCACGAGCAUGUUCCUUCACUGUCUGCGCUUCACAUGGUCUUUGGUAUUGUGAGGCACAGGGUGUCCUGACCACUCAUAAGCUCACUGCUGUUAAUCUUUGUCCAAGGGUGAUGACGACUAGGUCACGUCUGGGAGGACCUGGGCAGGUCACGGCUUGUCAGGACUGGUUCUGGGCUGCGUGAGAGGGACAGUGAAUUCAUCAUGACUGGACAGGCCUCAUCCGGUUGGUGUGGGAGGACCGACGUCCCAAGUCAAAGUGUAGAAACUCUGGCUAUCCUCCGAUUCAGCCGAUCGCAUCAACAUCACCCAUUACAGUCAUUCCUGCUGGGUCUAGGAAUGACCCUACCCUGGGUGUCCCUCUUUCUCACUUCCUGCACAUGUUUUUGGGGGGCGGGAGUGGUGAGCUGUAAUUCCCUCAGGUGAGAUGGACAAAAAUCUUACUCGUGCAGUGCCCCCCCACCCACACCAUGAAAUCAGUAAAUCUAUGGCCUGCCACAUGACACCUCCACUGACUGAAAUGUGCUUAAUGAAAAUCUGCUACGGUCAAUGCAACGAAAAAUAUAGUCAGUAAAGCAAUCUGUAAACUUAACAAUAAAUAACAUACUGGCAGCGUGAACUCCACCCCACCCCACCCCACCCCAAAAGCACACACAGUCCUGGAUCUGUCCCACACUCGGUGUGACUCUCUGCCACAUGGCUGGGGCGCCCUGGCUGCACGGAGCGUGACGUAGGUGUUGUGCUCUCACACGCGGGGCAGCUGCGCCGCUGCCCUGUGACCCCCCAGCCCUUUCAUCCGUGCCGCAAACUGUAAACAAACUGCUGCGAGCAGCCGCUCUGCGCUUUCCUGUGCUGCCUUUGUUGUACUCGCCCCUUUAAUCCGCUGCCAGAAAAGGCCUCGGUCCCUUUCGCCUGGCCGCAGGUCACUUCUACCGUCAUCGCGAAACUGUGGCGGUUGAAGAACGCGGGGUCCCUUGCCCUUUUAUCAUUACAUCACCUGGACUGUGGGAAAGGUUUAGCAAUGCAAGGAAAACAUCCAGUGGAGCCGGACUACUGCGCUGGGGCUCUGUGCCUGCUCACACUGUUCCAGCACAGGAUGUCUGCAUCGAGCCAUCGGCACCGUUUUAGAUAAACAAAAUACACUGCUGACCAAAUACACUGUAAGAAAGAAUCACUGCCGGGCAGAAUAUCUGUUUUUUUUUACUGAUUAUAUAACAGAAGAUUGUUGUGCACAGUGGGGGUGAAUGACAUUGGGGGGUGGUGUGGGAGGGGGGGGGGUUGGGUACUGUUCCCACAAAUGGAAACUCCUGAUGCACCAACCAGGUCAAAUGCCAACUAUGAGCAUGCUGUGUGCCAACAAACGCCAUCCAAUACCAAGACAAAAAGAAAACAGGACAGGAAAAGCAAGAAAUAUAGCAACCGGAAAAGAAAUAUGUUUUGAAGAUUCUUUUGUCUCAGCAGGUACACAUUUGCAUCUUUUGCUGUGCCAGUCUGCAAAAGCAGGGGUAGCCCAGAUUUUAAAGACUGUCUCUUCCCAGUCAUCAAGCCCACAGCCGCUGUAGACACAGCUAUUGUGGCAAAUUGCAGUAUAUGGAACUGCAAUCCAGCAGCGUGGGAGCCGUUUACAGCAUGUUUAAUGUCGCAGUAUUAGUGAUUUUUUAUGUUCUGCUUUUGCGUUCCAUGUUUGUGAUAGAAAUAGGAUCAAACAUGGGUCCAGUGUCUGAUAUCCAUCCUUAAAUGAGACCCAUGUUAUAAAUACAGUCGGUUUGUUUCUGCCUCUGGCAGAGCUCAGAGCCUUCUGAGUGUGAGAGUCAGGCUGCCCCCCCCCGAACCUAGCACACAUCCUCCGCCGAUCCUGAGAAAACACCGAGUUCUAGACAAUGUUGGAAGCGGUAGUUCAAACCCCCAAGAGGGGCUCUAUUGUACCAUUCCUUUCACCAUUAUUCUUACAUGAGCAAUUUUGAACUAAAUGAUCAAAUAGGCAAACGCACACAGCAACAAGGGCAGUUUCUGGGAAAUCUUCGAUGACAAUACUGUAAUUUACAGGGAAGGUGCAUUUCUAACAUUACCCCUCCUAGCUUCACUAUCGCAACCAUGCUUCAGCCCUAAGGGGUCCUAAAAACACUCCCUGGACAUUCAGCAAACAUCCAAGCCUGCAGUGCAGUAAGCAGCACUCUGCCUUCAAAACGGCAUCGAUGAGCUGCAGCGUUCAGAGUGGGGAAUGGUGAUUUAAAAAAA